AUGUUGUUUCCAAUUCUUCUGCUCUUGUUGAAUGUGGUGCAUGGAGAUGAUGUGACAUGUCCUCAGAAUUUCACUUACAAUCCCGAUCUUCACACUUGCUUGUUCUUCGUCAGUGAAACGGUAUCGUGGGAUGUGGCUCAUGAGGAUUGCUUGGCUCGUGGCGGUUUUCUCAUCUCGAUUCACAACGCUUUUCAGAAUGCUCUCAUCGCUCAAAUCACCCUCGACACAAUUGGACAAACGGAAAGUUGGCUCGGCGUGCACUUUGACGAGCAAAAUCCGGCUUGGCGCUGGUCGGAUGGUUCGACUUUUGACUACAAUCGCUUCGUGCAACCGGUAGCCAAUUGUGCAUUGGUUGACUGCGAUUGUGCCUUUUUGCUCAGCGACGAUCAGGACUGGAGAAAUACGGCUUGUUCCGACAAACACGUCUAUCUCUGCGACGCUCCCCCGACAAUCAACGAGUUGAAAUCAAAU